UAUUUUUAUUACUUAUUUUAUUUUGCUUGCUUUGGUUUUAGGGUUCAGAAGAAGACGAAGAACCCUACUCUAACAUUUCUUCUCAUCUUCUAUCGCCGUAAUCGCGAUCUCACUUGAUUUUUCGCGCCAUUUUUAUCGUCGUGUACUUUUCGUCGUUGUUCCGUCUUCAAGGCAGAAAACUAAUGGCACCAAGACCUCCUCCUCCACCUGUCGAGCGUGAUGUGCCAGAUAACACUAGGCUGUUGGAGGCAGUAAUUGAAGGACUGCAGCAACAGAACACUGUUUUGAUGCAGCAGAACGCGACUGCUUCACAAAAUCUCGAAGCUGAUCGCGCCAAUUUUGAAAUGACUCAGAGGCAACUAAUGGAGAUUCUUGCAGCUACUAGGGGUACGCAGGGAGCAUCUGCUUCAAACACUACUCAUCAGGCUGAGUGGAGUUUGGAGAACUUUUUGCAGCAUCAUCCUGCAAAGUUUGAUGGGAAGUGCCUUCCUGACGGAGCUGAUCAGUGGCUAAGGGACAUGGAACAGAUCUACAAUCCUAAGCGAUGUCCGGACGACAAUAGGUUGGCGUAUACUGAGUAUCUGCUGACUGGAGAGGCCAGUCACUGGUGGGCAAGCGUUAAGAUGAUACUAACGGAAGCUCAAAGCCCUAUUUCCUGGGAAGUGUUCAAGGAAAAAUUUUAUGAGGAGUAUUUCCCGGAUAGUGUUCGUUUCGACAAAGAAGUUGAGUUUCUCCAGUUGGUGCAGGGUAGUAUGUCUGUUUCUGAGUACACCAACAGGUUCAAGCAUCUGGUUCGUUUUAAUACCAUGGCUACCAGUGAAGUGUGGCAGUGCAGGAAGUUCGAGAAUGGGCUGAGAAGUGAUCUGAAGGUACUGAUAUCCAGCCUUUGCAUUAAGUCUUUUCCUGCCAUGAUUGAGAGAGCAAAAGUGUUAGAGAAAAAUGUGGCUGAAGCAGAACGACUGAAGAAGCAGCAACAACCAACUAGAGGGCCGAUCAUGUCCAGGCCGAAUCUGAAUCGGAACAGGUUGCCGUAUGCUCGUCCAGCACAACCAUCUAAUUCUCAGGCUAUGGUUGUUGCCGGACAGUCUGGACAGCAUGGAUCAGUCAGAUGUUUUAAGUGUGGAGGACCACACUACCGAUCGUCGUGUCCUCAAUUGGGGGGAGGGAAAUACUGCACUCGCUGUAGAAGAAACGGUCACAUGGAGCACGAGUGUAAUAUGGGCGGACGAGCGGUAAUGAGGCCGCCAAAUGCCGGGAGGAUGCAACAGGAUCGGGGUGGAAGAGCACAAGCUGUUGAUCGAGUUUAUGCGAUAACGGGUGCCGAAGUUGUCAGUUCAGGUACGCUCGUUACCAGUACCUGUUUAUUGUUUGGGAAGCCUUGUUGUGUGUUGUAUGAUUCAGGGGCGACACACUCCUUCAUUUCGAAGGCGUGCGUCGAGAAAUUGGGUAUAGCCGAACGCGAGAUGCAGUUCGACUUGGUAGUGUCAACCCCAGCGGCUGGUGAGGUUAGGACGUCCACUAUGUGCGUCAGAUGUCCUAUAGAGGUUGAGGGGCGUAAUUAUAAGGUGAAUCUCAUUUGUCUACCCUUGAAAGAUUUAGAAAUAAUCUUAGGAAUGGAUUGGUUGGCUGCCAAUCGCAUUCUCAUAGAUUGUGGUGCAAAGGAAUUGGUGUUUCCGGACGAGUAUGAAGUGGAUCUAUCUGUGACGCUCGGUCAACUGAAAGAAGACAUCAUGGAUGGCGCCAAUUGCUUUCUGAUCAUGACGCAUUCAGACGAACGACUUGAAGGUUUGAAUCAUGAGCGAUCGUCUAGUAAACUGAAUGGAGGACGAUCAAUCGUGGAUGAAUUCCCUGAUGUAUUUCCUGAUGAAGUGCCUGGAUUACCUCCUCCACGCGAGGUGGAAUCUACUAUGGACCUAGUAUCGAAUGCUGGACCCAUCUCUAUUGCACCCUAUCGGAUGUCGCCAGCAGAGUUAGCUGAACUCAAGGAGCAGAUUGAAGAGUUAAUGGAUAAGCAGUUUAUCAGACCAAGCGCAUCACCUUGGGGAGCGUCGGUACUCUUAGUGAAGAAGAAGGAUGGUAGCUCUCGUCUCUGCAUUGAUUGCAGGCAGUUAAACAAGCUGACUAUCAAGAAGAAGUAUCCUUUGCCUCGGAUUGACGACCUACUGGAUCAAUUACAUGGCGCGACCAUAUUUUCGAAGAUUGAUUUACGGUCGGGAUACCAUCAGAUUCGGGUGAAGGAAGAAGACAUCCAGAAGACAACUUUCCGAUCCCGUUACGGACACUACGAGUAUGUAGUAAUGCCGUUCGAUGUGACAAAUGCCCCAACAAUAUUUAUGGACUACAUGAAUCGUAUCUUCAGGCCUUAUUUAGACAAGUUCGUGGUCGUCUUCAUUGAUGACAUUAUUGUCUACUCCAAGAGCUAUGAAGAGCAUGAGGAUCACUUGAGGAUCGUUCUAGGCGUACUAAGAGAAAAGGAGUUGUACGCCAAGUUCUCUAAAUGUGAAUUUUUGAUGAAGGAAGUGCAGUUCUUGGGGCACGUGGUUUCAGCUGGAGGAAUCUCAGUGGAUCCGACAAAAGUACGAGCAGUAUUGGAAUGGGAGAGCCCACGCUCGGUAACUGAAGUUCGCAGUUUUGUGGGACUCACGGGCUACUAUAGACGGUUCAUUGAAGGGUUUUCCAAGAUAGUGGCUCCGCUUACUCAGCUGACCAGAAAGGAUCAACCGUUCGCUUGGACCGAUCGGUGUGAAGAAAGUUUCCAGGAAUUGAAGAAUAAGUGAGAAGGGUCGGCUACGUACUUUCGGAGUUAAGAAACGUGAAAAACUGGAUGCAAGUUUGAUAAUUGAGGUGGCAAAAACAACUCGUACGCAACUGGCCCGAUCUUCCUCAAGAUCUGAUAGGGCCCGAUGAACUUGGGAGACAACUUCUUGGGUCGAACAGCUCUCCCAACUCCCGUGGUCGGAUGCAGUCUAAGGAAAACAUGAUCUCCUGCAUCGAACUCCAAGGGUCUUCUCCUCUUGUCAACGUAAGAUUUCUGUCAACUCCUGGACGUCUUCAACCUUUCUUGAAUCAACUUCACCUUCUUAGUCGUCUGCUGAAUGAGCUCUGGUCCUGUUAACACCUUUUCCCUUUCCUGAAACCAACACAAGGGCGUUCGGCAUUUUCUCCCGUACAGAGCUUCAAAAGGAGCCAUUCCUAUGCUGGCUUGAAAGCUGUUGUUGUAGGUGAACUCCACUAAAGGCAAGACUUCAUCCCAGACGCCCAUGUGAUCUAGGACACAAGUCCUCAAUAAGUCUUCAAGCGUCUGAAUGGUUCUCUCGGACUGACCGUCCGUCUGAGGAUGAUAGGCCGAACUCAUUUGAAGUCGGCUACCGAGCUCAAUUUGUAAUGAUCGCCAGAAUCGAGAAGUAAACCUCGUGUCUCGGUCUGAAACAAUGCCAGACGGAACUCCAUGUAGACAAACAAUUUCCUUGAUGUAAAGCUUAGCCAGGUUCGUCAUGGACAUCUUCAGGUUGACUGCUAGAAAAUGAGCACUCUUCGUUAGUCGAUCCACAAUUACCCAUACGGAAUCAUGAUUCCUGACUGUUCGAGGUAAGUGGGUCACGAAGUCCAUCGCAAUGUCGUCCCACUUCCAUUCUGGAAUCUCUAACUGCUGAAGUAGACCGCCUGGCCUUUGAUGUUUUUGGCAUCAUGCUUAACGUGUCAACGAGCCAAGGCUGAACAACUGGUUUUAGAAAACUACGUGGUUGGGGAGAAUGUAAGGACCAUGGUUUUAGAAAACUAAAUUUUCGAGGACGAAAAUUUUUGUUGUUGGGGAGAAUGUAAGGACCAUGGUUUUAAGAGUAGUGGGGACAUGGUGGUCACCCACCAUUUGCAUUAUUGAAUGCAAUAAUUGGGGGUGCUUGGUGUCACACUACGUGGUUGCCAUUCAACAAUUAACAAGGAAAGGAAAAUGGCUUACGGGAAAGCAUAUGAAUUCUUUACAAUUGCUAGUUUUUGCUUUUAUCAAAUUUCCAAGAGAUACAUGCUGGAAGAAAAACUUGGCCAACUCAAUUUGGUAAGCAUCUGCCACACUAUUUGAAAUAAUGGAAGGGGCCACACUUGAAAGUCACGAGGGACAUACCACCUUGGCCAUUGUUUGUUCACGGGAAAGCCUAACUACAGAGAAUGGAUUGAAGAAAGUGAAGAAGUAUAACAUAGAGAAUUUUUCCAGAGAAAACGUGCAGAGCACUCACACGGUCUAAUCCGGCUGCACUUUCACUUUUGUUUGCUUGAACUUGAUGGAGAAGGAACAACUGCAUGGUGAAUAAAGAAGUGUCGGUUUUGAAGGUGGGUUCUAGCUAAGCAUCAUCCACCACCGUGAAGAAGGAAGAGGUUUGCACAGUAAUGAAGAACAACACUUCAUAGUUCAGCUGGAAUGUUGUCACGGUCUGCAACAACACUUGUGGAGGGCAUGAUGGAAUGAGCAAGCAGAGAGGAUGGAAGGAGGAACACAGUGCUGAGAUUGAUUUAAGAUUUUACAAGGAGGUCUUCAAGAGGUAAGGGGAGCUGGAUCUUUUCUAUGAGUUGUACGGACAAUACAUGUGUUGAUCUUUGUAUGAACUGUAUGCUGGAAAUUUGUGACUGUGGAUGUUGAUAGUGGUUGCAUGAGUUGGAUUUUCUGGAUUGUGGUUGUGUGUAUGGUUGAAUUUGAGUAAGAAUCCCUUAAGAAUUGAAUAAUGAACGGUUAUAAUCAAUUAGGUAAAUUCAAUCUAGUAUGAAACAUGAAUAUAGGGUGUUAGAAAAUAAUAAAAAGGGGUUGAAAAUGGUCAGAGAGGUUCUGAUCUCAAUUCUGCAGAAUUCUGUAUUCUGCAGAAUUCUGCAUCACGUUACACCCGGGCGCCCCACUGUCGCGCCCAGGCGCGAGUGGCUCUGGAAAUGCCGCGCCCAGCAUCUCGUGCCCGAGCGCGAGAUGCAGCGGAGUGCGUUCGUCCGAGCCAAUUUGGACGUUCAUCCAAAUGGCUGGACAAAGCGUUCGACCUUAAAUUCUAAAAGUUGAACGUUCGUCAUUUUUGGACGAAUUGAACGUUCGUUCAUGUUACUGAGCGAGCGUUCGCGAAUGAGAAAAUGGACGUUCGUCCAUACUGUGAAAAGUGGACGUUCGUCCUAAAUUUGAGCGUCCGUCCGUUUGGAGCCACAUUGAACGUUCAUCCAAAUGCCUAAGAACGUUCGUCCAGACGUUGAACGUUCGUUUUUAUGGAAUGAUAAUGAGGUGACUGAGAGUGGUGUCUGGUAAUCGUUUACAACACCCCUGUAAACGAUUACCCGAGUGAAUUAGCUAAAAUGUACAGAAAGUCCAACACAGGUACUCAGUUAGAUGAACACGGGUCACCAUUGGAAAAACAAUGAGUUUUAGGCACUUCUGCACUUUCCCGGAGACGUUGUACGUUCGUCCAAAAUGGUUGAACGUUCGUCAAGGUGAAUUUGGACGUUCGUCCAAAUUGUUCGGUAGUCGUUGGAGAGCGUUCGUUUGUGGACGCUCGUUCAAAGUUGGUGAAGUGAAAAGGGGACGUUCGUCCCAUUCGCUAUGCACGUUCGUCCAAACUUCGUAGUGGCGCGUUCGUCCAAGAGUUGUUAAUGAGCGUCCGUUCUUCAGUUGGCAAGUGAGCGUUCGUCCAAACCAUCCACGUUGAGCGUUCGUCCAAGUUGUUAGUUGGCGUUCGUCCCAAUAGUAAGCGUUCGUCCAAAUAGUAGGUCGUUCGUUCGAGUUGUUGAGCGUUCGUCCUUUAAAAGUGAGCGUUCGGUUAAUUUCUGCAAAUAGCGUUCGUCCGUUCUGAAUAUGACGUUCGUCCAAAAUCGUGGUCGUCCAGUUGUACGAAAAUGGUGUUCGUCCAAUUAAUGUUUGGCUCGUGUAAAUAGUAUUCUACUCAGUAUGUUAUCUAAGUUUAUUUUUAUUUUGAGUUGAAUUAUAUGUACUAAUGUGUGGAAUAUACUGGAAAGUGAUAUAUACUGGAAAGUGAUAUGGAUAAAAGUAUGAGAAUGUAUGAAAUAUGAUAGAUUAUUGUGAUCAUCAUUUAAUGAAUCUAAGACAGAACUACGUGAGCCUUGAUUCUCUACCGAAAAUAGAGAUACGUAGGAGCAAGGCAAUGCCUUGUCAGGUUUAUUCCUCCCAAAAAUCUAGACGUUUCCUCAACACCCAAAUCAUGAUCUCUGUAGUACUCGUGAUGUACUAGUGUUCAUUUAUAACUUAUAAUAUUUCGGUAUUUGCAAGAUCGUGUGUUUUGAUUUGCUCAUUAUGUGUUCCCUUGAUGUUUUAUUCAUGCCAGUAUACUAUUUUAAUUGAUUAUUCUACAUGGCUUCAAGAGUGUAUGUAUGCAUUAUCAUUGUUGGCAGUACAGCAGUGAAAGGGUAUGUGAUUCAAAGCGAUGAAAGUGUAUGGUUAUAAGUGGUUUAUGAUGAACUAUAUAUGAGACGAAAUGAAAGUAUGAAUGAUUAAAUGAGCGUUCCAAGGAGGAACGACUCAGAAUUUGGUUAUUUAGAUUUGUAACGAAUGAAUGUGGGAAGUUUAGCCGGUUGUUCAUCCUGAUGUUCCGUGAGUACUCGUCCUCACGUAGAGGGGGUACGUCAUGUGUGGGAACGGCAGGAGGUCCUAGUCCUAGGGUAUCUGGACAGAUAGGACUAACCUCGGGUGGCAGCUGAUGAGAGUUCCAGUUACUACAUCACCCGGGUGCACGAACAUCGAAGCUACACAGAAUUCAUUCUAGUCCGGACGAGUCUGUCUAUGAAUUAACUAGUCGGUCUAUAAAGUAACAAGUCUGUAGAUGUCAAUUUACCAUGUUUGGAUGACUUUUGCAUGUUGUAUGAGUGGAUGGAAUUAUGGUUUAAUGAAUAUGCUCUAAUUGUUCUUUUAUACGAAUCUAAGUAUGAUAACAUUGAAUUUAACUGUUCUAUCUGUAUAACAUGUUUUUAUAUCUAGCUCACCCUUGCAUUGUUUUUGUUAUGUGCUGUUUGGGUAUGUUUCUUUGGCGAUGAUCAUCCACUUGGAUGGGAGCAGAUGUUGUCGCGGAGUUUCCCUUGGAGCAAGAGCUAGAGGUUACUGAUUUCGCAGGAUAGUCUUCUUAGAAUUUAUUGAUUGAACACUUGUAGUGUUCAAUCCUUUCAAAUGUUCAAGUUUGAAUUUUUAGUUUCUUUUAUUUAGAUGACUGUAAUUUAUUACAUUUAAUUACACGUCAUACUCCGACUGUUCUCUA